CUCACGCCAGUUUUCAUUGUAUGCCCUUUGUUGUGCCACAGACCUGUUCUUCGCCCCUUAACCUGCCUCGCCUUUGAUAUCAGGCAAUGUUGAGGAAACGGCAAGGCAGUUAAAGCAGCCGGGUGGCUGGCCAGACCAUUUAUACUAAAAAGACGACCGCAGAUCUCGCUCAACAUUGCAGAUGCAGUGCUAUUCCGAAUUGCUGGCCCCCACUGGGGUCACUCAUGCAUUGGCACUACCUUUCCUGACUGAAUCAUCUACCAAUCUCGUUGUCGUGAAGACCUCUUUACUCCAAAUCUUUUCUUUGCAAAGGAACCCUUGUGGUCUACAACGAGUGGAUGGGCAGCUCAGUGAACAAACAACGAAACUGGUCCUGGAGAAGGAGUACCCCUUAGCUGGCACAGCAACCAACCUGUGCCGGGUCAAAACUUUGAAUUCAAGAAGCGGGGGAGAGGCCAUUCUCAUCUCGUUUCGCAAUGCCAAACUCAGCUUGAUUGAAUGGGAUCCGGAACGCCGUGGUAUCUCAACAAUCUCGAUUCAUUAUUAUGAGCGGGAUGACUUGACCCGUAGUCCCUGGGUCCCUGACUUGAGCAGUUGUGGCAGCAUUCUUAGUGUGGACCCAAGCAGUAGAUGUGCGAUAUUCAACUUCGGGAUCCGGAAUUUCGCCAUCAUUCCUUUUCAUCAGCCAGGGGAUGACUUGGUGAUGGAUGAUUAUGACUCAGACUUAGAAGGACAGAAUGCAGGAAGCCACAGCUCUGGGGAUAACGAUCGUGAAAAGGCCAAUCCGGCCACAAUAUAUCAAACCCCGUAUGCUCCAUCCUUCGUCUUACCAUUGAGUGCACUGGACCCAACAAUUCUGCACCCAAUAAGUUUCGCAUUUCUAUAUGAAUAUAGGGAACCGACUUUUGGAAUACUGUACUCGCAGGUUGCGACGUCUAGCGCACUCCUACAAGAAAGAAAAGACAUUGUCUUCUAUUCCGUGUUUACUCUCGAUCUGGAACAGCGAGCAUCCACCACCCUGCUUUCAGUAUCUAGGUUGCCCAGCGAUCUCUUUAAAGUGGUAGCACUCCCACCUCCUGUUGGCGGCGCUUUGUUGAUUGGGUCCAAUGAGCUGGUGCAUGUUGAUCAGGCCGGUAAGACCAACGCGGUCGGAGUCAACGAGUUUUCCAGACUGGUCUCGGCAUUUUCUAUGUCGGAUCACUCAGACCUGGCUCUGCGUCUAGAAAACUGCGUUCUUGAGACUUUGGACGACGGCAGUGGUGAUUUGCUGCUGGUGUUAUCGACAGGAGACUUCGCGAUUGUGAAAUUUAGGCUCGAUGGCAGGUCAGUCUCUGGAAUUUCAGUACACCCCUUAUCCAGUCACGCCGGGGUUGAUUCUAUGAAAUCAGCUGCUUCCUCCUCAGCGUCUAUUGGCGAAAGUAGGGUUUUCUUAGGCAGCGAAGGUUCGGACUCUAUCCUUUUAGGUUACUCCUUCGCAUCCUCGAGCUCGAAAAAGCUUCGGCCAUUGUCGAAAGCUAUGGAUGAUUCUGUGGACAUGGACGAUGACCAGAAUGAAAACGAUGUUUACGAAGACGAUUUAUAUGCCACAUCACCAGAUUUGGCUCCGACUGGUGGUUCCACAAAGCUUGAACAUACUUCUGGUAUACGUUACUUUCGCGUCCUCGACAGACUCAUCAACAUCGCCCCUGUGAGGGACAUUGUCCUAGGCAGGCGCUCCGUGGUUGCGGAAAUGGAAUAUAAUCAUUCCGAACAUGAAUCUGCUAGGUUGGAACUAGUGGCAGCUCAGGGCUCUGAUAGUGGCGGUGGUUUGAUAGCACUGAGUCGCGAACUUGAUCCUGAUGUGAUACACUCCGUUGAAGUUGAGGCUGCGGAAUGUCUCUGGACAGCUUUUGUAAUUAAAGGCACAAAGGCGGCAACCGGCAUUUCGGACGACUGUCGAUCUCAAUCACGCCAUUUUGUCAUCGCUUCUCGCACGAAAAGCGUCGAUAAAGAAGAGUCUCUUGUUUACUUGGAAGAUUCCGGUGUCUUGAAACCCUUCAAAGCCACUGAGUUCAAUCCAAAUGAAGAUGUGACCAUUGAAAUCAACACCUUGAUGGGUAACAAGCGGGUAGUUCAAGUUCUGAAAAAUGAAGUUCGAACUUACGAUAGCGAUUUGGGUUUAACCCAAAUAUAUCCCAUCUGGGAUGAUGACACCAAUGAUGAACGGAUGGCUAUUAGUGCCAGCUUUGCAGACCCCUGCCUUGCAAUUCUUCGGGAUGACUCAACCUUAUUGUUUCUUCAAUCCGACGAAAGUGGGGAUCUUGACGAAGUCGUCCUACAUGAGCAAUUCGCAGUAAAAAAAUGGAUCUCCUGUAGUCUGUACUACGAUAAGACUGGCACAUUCUCUGCUGUCGACUCAGCUUUCAAAGAACCGGGCGUUCUCUAUUUAUUCCUCCUGGACCAGGAUUACAAACUCUAUAUGUACCGCCUUCCCGAUCAAAUCCUGGUGACUAUUAUUGAGGGAGUUGCCGGGCUGCCACCAAUCUUGUCCUCCGAAGCCCCAAAGCGAUCUGGGGCACGAGAGUCAUUGACCGAGGCUAUUGUUACCGACCUUGGGGAUUCCUCUAGCGCCUCGCCAUACUUGAUUUUGCGGUGCCAGAACGACGGCAUUAACAUAUAUAAACCAUUUUUCGUCUCCACGGGUGCCGGAGAUGGAAAACCCAGCCUGCGAUUCUCGAAGGAGGUCAACACAGUUCUUCCGAAGGUACCUUCUCGUGGGGGCGUAGAAUCGGCUGACAAAGGUCAAUGUAAAGCCCAACCAUUGCGUAUCCUUCCCGACUUGUUCGGGCUUGCCACCGUCUUCAUGCCCGGGGCUUCGGCUGGUUUCAUCGUGCGGACAUCUACCAGCUCGCCGCAUUUUGUACGCUUACGAGGGGAUUAUCCACGAAGCGUGAGCAUUCUUAACCCUCUGGCGUCGAUUAGCCGUUUCGCCUAUCUAGAAUUGAAUGGCACCAUUCGUCUGUGUCAAUUGCCCCGUGGCAUGCUGUUUGAUCACAAAUGGCCUUUGCGGAAGGUACCAUUGGGUGAACAAGUUGAUCACUUAGCCUACUCGUCCUCGUCAGGAAUUUAUGUACUGGGGACUUGCCAAAAGACAGAUUUCAAACUGCCCGAAGACGACGAACUGCAUCCCGAGUGGCGCACCGAAGUUGUUUCAUUCCUGCCUGAAGCGCAUAGAAGCUCUCUGAAAAUAGUUAGCCCGAAGACAUGGUCUAUUCUUGACAGUUAUUCUUUGGAUGCUAGUGAGUAUGUGAUGGCCAUGAAAAAUAUCAGUCUCGAAAUUUCGGAAAACACCCGAGAACGCAGAGAGAUGAUAGUUGUCGGGACGGCGAUUGCGCGCGGUGAAGAUAUACCCUCGCGAGGUUGCAUAUAUGUCUUCGAGGUGAUCAAGGUGGUUCCGGACCCCGAUAAUCCCUCAUUGGACCGCAAAUUGAAACUCAUCGGCAAAGAAUUGGUAAAGGGUGCUGUAACUGCACUGUCUGAAAUUGGCGGUCAGGGUUUCAUUAUUGUCUCCCAAGGGCAGAAAUGCAUGGUCAGAGGUCUCAAAGAGGACGGCAGCCUUCUUCCAGUGGCAUUUAUGGAUAUGCAAUGCUAUGUCAGUGUUGUGAAAGAGCUGAAAGGCACUGGCAUGUGCAUUCUGGGAGACGCCACGAGAGGGCUGUGGUUCGCUGGCUAUUCGGAGGAGCCGUAUAAGUUAAGUCUGUUCGCCAAAGACCUGGACUAUUUGGAGGUGGUAGCCGCAGACUUCCUUCCUGAUGGCAGAAGGCUGUUCCUCGUCGUGGCUGAUAGCGACUGCAACAUUCACAUAUUACAAUAUGACCCCGAAGCAGACCCCAAGUCCUCCAAUGGGGACAGACUACUCAGUCGUAGUAAAUUCCAUACGGGCAACUUUGCCUCUACGCUAACACUGCUUCCACGUACGAUGGUUUCGUCAGAAUCGCUACUUUCUCAACAGGAUGACAUGGACCUGGAUCGCCAAGCACCGCUCUACCAGUCUCUCAUGACCUCACAAAACGGAUCUAUCGGCCUCAUAACUUGCAUUCCAGAAGAGGCAUACCGUCGACUGUCCGCUCUGCAGUCCCAAUUGACUAACAUUCUUGAGCAUCCUUGCGGAUUGAACCCUCGCGCUUUCCGCGCCGUUGAGAGUGACGGUACUGCGGGAAGGGGGAUGCUGGACGGCACUUUGUUAAACCAAUGGCUCAAUCUCAGUACACAGCGCAAAACGGAGAUAGCAAGCCGCGUUGGGGCAAACGAAUGGGAGAUCAAGGCGGAUUUGGAAAGCAUAGGGGGCGAUGGACUUGGAUAUCUCUGA